UACUAGCUAGUCGGUCAUCGCUAUCCAUAUUUUCAUUCGAUAACCAGUGCUAUUCCCUUUCCUCGAAAUGGGUUGUCUAGUUGGGGCUCCAGCAAUCCGGAUUCGAGUAGUUCCCGAGGUGGCUCCACUUUUCCGGCGAAGAAUAUUCAGAAGCUUUAGAGUUUCAGCGUCAUCUUCAUCGCCGGCAGAGUCUAUUCGAGUGCGCUUCGCGCCUUCUCCAACUGGGAAUCUCCAUGUUGGUGGCGCGCGUACUGCACUAUUCAACUACUUGUUCGCCAGGUCUAAAGGCGGCAAAUUUGUUCUCCGAAUUGAAGACACCGACUUAGAGAGAUCCACUAAGGAGUCCGAGGACGCUUUGCUUCGCGAUCUUUCCUGGCUUGGUCUCGAUUGGGAUGAAGGUCCCGGUGUUGGUGGAAAUUAUGGCCCCUAUCGGCAGUCUGAAAGAAAUGCCCUUUAUAAGCAGCAUGCUGAUAAACUCCUCCAAACUAGUCAUGUUUAUCGCUGUUUCUGCUCGAACGAGGAGCUUGAAAAGAUGAAGGAGAUAGCAAAACUGAAUCAACUGCCUCCUGUGUACACUGGCAAGUGGGCCAGCGCAACAGAGAGGGAAGUGCAAGAGGAGUUGGCAAAGGGGACUCCUUACACUUAUAGAUUUCGAGUUCCCAAGGCGGGAAGUUUGAAAAUCGAUGAUCUCAUUCGUGGUGAGGUAACUUGGAAUUUAGACACACUUGGGGAUUUUGUGAUAAUGAGAAGUAACGGACAACCUGUUUACAACUUUUGCGUAACUGUUGAUGAUGCCACCAUGGCUAUCUCACACGUUAUAAGAGCGGAGGAACACUUGCCAAAUACUUUGAGGCAAGCUUUGAUAUAUAAGGCUCUGGAGUUCCCAAUGCCUAAAUUUGCACAUGUUUCUUUGAUUCUUGCACCUGAUAGGAGCAAACUCUCAAAACGGCAUGGGGCAACUUCUGUGGGUCAGUUCAAAGAGAUGGGUCUUCUGCCUGAAGGAAUGGUGAACUAUCUUGCAUUAUUGGGUUGGGGAGAUGGUACUGAGAAUGAGUUUUUCACCCUCGAUCAACUUGUUGAUAAGUUCACAAUUGAGCGUGUUAAUAAAAGUGGAGCUAUUUUUGAUUCUACCAAGUUAAGGUGGAUGAACGGUCAACAUUUGAGAUCACUGCCAUCAGAAAAACUAACCGAACUUAUUGGGGAGCGCUGGAAGAGCACUGGCAUGGUCGCAGAAUCAAAGGGGAGUUUUGUAGAAGAAGCUGUCCAGCUGCUGAAGGAUGGGAUUGACUUGAUAACAGAUGCUGAUAAUGCUCUUUCAAGCCUACUGUCAUAUCCUUUAUAUUCGACACUUUCUAGUCCUGAAGGUAAACCUGUAUUAGAAGAUAAGCUGUCGGAAGUUGCUGCGAGUUUAUUAUCUGCCUAUGACAGUGGUGAAUUUACUAAUGCACUUGAAGAAGGUAGUUCUGGUUGGCAGAAGUGGGUCAAGAACUUUGGCAAAGCGCUGAAACGCAAGGGAAAAUCUCUGUUCAUGCCCCUACGAGUAUUGCUGACAGGAAAGCUCCAUGGUCCUGAUAUGGGAGCAGGUUUGCUUCUUGUCUACAAAGCUGGAAUAUGUGGUGAGGUGGCACCGGCAUCCCAUUCGGGUUUUGUGACACUAGAUGAGAGAUUCAAUAUUCUUCGACAAGUUGAUUGGGACUCACUCAACAAAAAUGAUGAUGAUAAUCCAGCUAAUGUGAAGCCAGCUACUGCCCAUGUUUGUUGAUUAACUACAUUUUUGGAUCAGAUCUAUCUGAAUUAUUUAUGUUAAACAUGAUUGAUGAGAUAAUAUUAAUUUGUAAUCAUUUCAAAUGAAUUCUUGGUCAAUUUUGUUUAUUGAGAGAUUGUUAUGGAAAUUUUUGGCGCACACCAAUAAUAAUACAUGUCUAUACUUAGACUAAAGUGGUGAUGAAUGAAUAUUAACAAAUGGAGUAAAUAUAUAUUGAUUUUUUGUGA